AUGGAAAACACCGUUUAUUCUCACCGUCUCCAAAAUCCCGUUCCGUUAAACUUCUUUCUUGAAACCAAUCAAAGCUUCGAAACCUAUGGAUUAUCCCAACAAAUGCCGUUACUCUGCAUGCCUCUCUUCGAAGCCAAUACUCCGUUUUCUAACGUAACGUUAACGGAGCCCACUACGUUCGAUAUCUCUUCUCUCUUCUCUCAAAACACUAAACCCGAACACGCAAGCCCUCCUCGGGUCAUGGACGACUCUAUAGCCGCCGUGGUAGGCCAAAACGUACUCUUCGGUGACAACAACAAAGUCUCCGAUCAUUUUCCGGUGAUAGAGACCGAAGGUGGCGUGAAACGGUGGCGUAAGAAGCCGCAGAAGAACGGAGGAUUCAGAGGAGUGAGGAAACGACCGUGGGGAAGAUGGUCGGCGGAGAUAAGAGACAGGAUUGGUCGGUGUAGACAUUGGUUAGGAACGUUUGAUACGGCGGAAGAAGCGGCGCGUGCGUAUGACGCGGCGGCGAUGAGGCUUAGAGGGUCGAAAGCAAAGACUAACUUCGUGGUUCCUAUGGUUUUUCCGGAGGAGGAAGAGAUAGCUCAGGCUCAGUGGUCUACGACGGAGGAGAAGUGGAGGAGCAAGAAGAAGAAGAAUAGAGUGAGUGUGAAGAAGUGUGUGAAAGUCACAUCGGUUGCACAAUUGUUUAGUGAUAAUAAUAGCUUAACUUCUUGUUCUAGUAACAAUGGAAUGUGA